GUUUACAUGAAUGAUUCUUUUUCAUCAAACCUAACUUGAAACUAUAGACAUGGCACCCACUCCUUCAUCUUUCCUUCAAACAUAAACCUUCAUUUUCUCUUAUAAUAAAACAUAUAAAUAACUUUCUUUUAUGUUUCUUAACUUCACAACAAUUCCUCCACCUUAGAUUAAGAUGAGUUUCGCCGGCGGAAAGUGGCGGAAAGAGGCGGAGCAGCUGGUGGUUAAGCCUUUCCGGCUGGUGACAACAACUCUCCUCAGCCUUCUCCUUCCUCUCUCUUUCCUCCUCCUUAGUCGUCUCUCUUCAGCUUCUUUCCUCUUCUCCUUAACCAAAUCUCAGCCGCAAACAGAGUCAUCAUUCUUCGUCUUCUCUCUGUUUCUUCGCGCGAAUCCGGCGAUCGUAUACGCUGUCGUUUCGUCAAUAAGCGUUUACACUCUAGUUCUUGGCUUAACCACAAAGAUCACAGCUACAGAUCCAAAGCAUUCGAUUGCCUUUUAUCCACAUGUCAGCAUCGCGUGGCUUACACUCUUCCUUGUUCAAAUCUCCGUCGGUAUAGGCCUCGAAACAACGAUCUCCAACGGUUUAAUCAUCGGAAGCGAACGCAAUUUCUUGAGCAGGCUUGUGUUUUUCUUUGGUCUUCAUGAGGUGAUGCUUCUGUGGUAUCGAGUGAUCGUGAGACCGGUGGUGGAUAACACGUUGUUAGGAGGAGAAGACGGUCAACGAAGAGAAGAGACGGUGGUGGAGAGGGUGGCUUUGGCCGUUAGCUGUGGGACCUUGUGGUGGUGGAAGCUUCGAGAUGAAGUAGAGGCUUUGGUUGGUGUGGCAGAGGCUAAAAGAGCAUUGUUGUUGUUAUUACCAAUUGAUGGUAAUGUCAACGUUAGUUUUGAUGUGGGAACAGUUGAUUUUGUGAAUUGGUGGCUAUAUUAUAUGGUUGUGACGAUUGGUAUGGUUAGGAUCAUUAAAGGGUCUUUGUGGUUUGGGAUGAUUUUGCUUUUCGAACAAGGUAGUAGAAGAAGAAAUCCACGUGGAAUUCCUACUGCUUCUUCUACUCUUCAUUUUGAUGAUCAAGGUGACAAUAAAGUGUAAGUAACAGAACAGUUGUCAAAUUCAAAUUAUUUGAAAGUUUUAUGCAAAAUUUUGUAUCAAACGUAUAGUCUAUGCGUUAAAAGAUCUCUAGCAAAAUUGACGAUUCCAAUUUAUAUACAAAUUCAUAAUUUAUUUUAGUCUAUGACAAAUUUGGUUGAAGUUCUUACACCAAAACGAAGUUCAAAUUCC